AUGGGCGCGUACGUUUCCAGCGCGAACUGCGCUGCCCGUCAUGGCAUCACACCCAACUGCAGCUUCGUCCUCUCGCCAGACAACUCGACGGCCCUCUUGCUCGGCGGUGCCACCUUUGGGAAUUUCCAGGGGGAUCCCGAUAUCGCGGGCAUCGGCGUCCUCGCCGCGUUCCUCUCCAUCACUAUCACAUCUCUGGUUCUCGCCGUCAUAAGUACGUUAUGGUGGACCGAGAAGCAUGUUUGCGGACUCAAGAAUUGGAUAACUGAGGAGGAGAAAGUACGCAAGAACUGGAACUUGAGUUUCUCCGGCAUCCUGGAGGCCUUAAUCGUCACCUGCAGCGACCAGCAGGUCUUCACCGGCGGCGCCUACGCCAUCACGUUGCGCUAUGCCAAAGCCUGCUCGGUCUCGGCGUACCACUACAACGUCGUCACCAACAUGCUGCUCGUCAGCUGUGCCACGCACUUGAUGGCCCUGACAAUAUCUCGAAACUAUUGGCACCACUUCAGCGUCACCCUCCUGCGCAUCUCCGUCACCACCCUCCUCUUUAUCGUCACCGGCGUCCUGCUGGCUAACGCUGGCUCCACAUCGCUUGGCUUCCCAACCGGGGUGCCCGCGGACACCGACCAGUACAGCCUGAUGCUGCUCCCGGCCGCGUGUUUUCAGACAGGCGACCAAGCCAGCCUAAGCAAGGAAAUCGAGAAGUCGCUCAAGGCCAGCUCUGUCGACGCUUUCUUCUCCGGUCAGAUCCCCGGGUUCGGGAAUUACAUGAUCAUGUGCUUCUUCUACCUCAUUGCCAUGGCCGUCAGCCUGGGUCGGAUCAUCCCUGGGGGGUUGGACCAUCACGGGAGGCGCAGCAGGUUCAUCCGCUGGAUGCGCCGAGUCUUCCCGGUCUUGUUCCGAAUCAAGCGAUUCUUCUACGCCCUAUUCUGCCUCUACCUAUUUGCUGGGGUCGGCAUAUCCGCGUGGACGGUUGGCAUCGCGGCCGGUUACAUCUUCCAGCUUCGCCGUUGGGUGAACGACUCGGGUUGGAUGCAACCCGUGAACAACCAGAACCCCGAGAACGACCCUACCACCUUCGGCCAGCUCGUCCCCGUCCUCCUCAUGUCGCUCACGGUUUUUACCUUUCUACAGAUCAUCAGCGAACAAGUCUACGACCAUCACCCCAAGUACACCUCUCUCCGCCGUGACUCUUCCCCGUCCCCGCACGCCCCGGACCACAGCGCCAUGUCCGUUGCGAGCCCCGGGCGGUACGAUCACCCACCUGCAGAUGGCGCGCCCCACCAGGUCUACGACGUCUCCCACCCUCUCGACAGCAGCAGCUCCCGCGUCGACGAGAAGGACAAGAGAAUCCCCUUCGUGGACGUCCGGAUCGUGGCAGAGCCGAUCGACAUAGAGCUCGCCAUGGCGCAGGUCGGCACCGGCGGCGGGGGCGAGUCCGUCCCGGCCACACACCCCGUGCAGCACGCAGCGUCCAUGCCCUCACUGCUGUCACCGACUCCCACCGCCGACCCCGUCCCCGCCACCACUACCACCACUCCAGCUAUGAGCACCACCAGCAGCAGCACCACCACCAGCAGCAGCAGCGAAGCAACCCCCGAACCCGCGCCCGCCACCGCCCCCGGCCCUGGACCAGCCAACACCAACACCAACACCAACACCAUCACCAACACCAUCACCAACACCAACGACACCAUUGACACACCCAACCCGACCACAACGGCAACACUCCUGACCACAACAGCCCCGAAUAACCCAAAUACAAGCAGCACAAGCAGCACAAGCCCAAGCCCCGCAAGCCCCGCAACCCCCCCGCCGACCGCGACAGACCCGACGCCGGCGAACAGAGGCAGCCUGUUCAAGCGCAUCGCCCGCGCACGCGACGCGAGAAGGGCAGCUGCGGCUGCGGCUGCGGCUGCGGCUGCGGAGGGGGCUGCGGCUGCGGAGGGAGCGGUGGCUGCGGCUGCGGAGACGGAGGCGCUGACGAGUGGGGAGAGGGAGAGGGAGAAGGAGAGGUAA